UCUUUCUGGAUUAUAAAUAUCAAGUCAACAGAUUUCACUAGGCCUCUUGAUUUAUCUGAGCCAGCUGGAUAGAACGGUACAUGAAGUCAACUGAUAAAAGAAAAUUGGUAGUAAUUGUUUGUCUCUCACAUUUAGAUUAGUACAUUUGCAGUGAGACACAUUGUACUGGGACAUUUUCUGUUGCUAAUGAAAACAACAGCCUGGCUUGUAGUUAAAAGUGUGUUUAGACUCACAGCCAAAUUGGCCAUACUGUGAUCAAGACAGGUUUGAGCACAACAUACUCACAGUUGUCUUUGUGUUCGAGGGAGUGUUCAUGUGUGCACACUACACUUGUCAUCUGUCUCAUAUUGUGUGCUGCUCAGUGUGCAUAUGUUCAAAUACAUCUGUGAGUAUCUUUUCUUAUCAGUGUUCCACCUCUCUUUUGGUGCAGCUUAUCGCUUCAUGCUUCCCAUGCUAUUUGGUAGAGGGAGGAAGUCACGAGGGAACUGUUUCAGAGCUAAAGGAUGCUGGGACUGUGGUAUUCAUCCCACACUUGACUCAUUGACCUGCAUUACAGACUGCUCGGGUCACGAAAUCCAAAUCAAAGAUACCAAAUGAGAGCAAUUCCUAGGGAGGGAGAAAGGGAAUGUAUGUGUGUGUGUGUGUGUGUGUGUGUGUGUGGGCAUGAGAGAGAUUAUUCUCACUGUUCUUAGCACAGAGUCUACCAAUUCUAGCAAAUGCACUUUAUUCUCUGAACCUGAUGCUACCAAGCCUUUGCAGCUCUUUUUGUUUGUUAUUGCUCACUCAGACCAGAUUUACAGAACGUCCCAUAGGGAUGACUUGGGGAUUUCCAUCAACAGUGCAUGUUUGAGUAAAAAGUGCUUAUGAAGAGAAAUUAUUCAAGACUGCACAGAGGCAAAGUUAACUGUCACAAGAAAGCGAUUAUGGCUCUUCCUAAAUUCCACACUCAUCCAGAGUCCAUGUCAGUAGAUGAGGGAGGUGUUGCACGUUUCCAAUGUCAGGUCAAUGGUAUUCCUGAGGCCAACAUUACUUGGGAGAAUGACAGUGUUGUGCUUAGAGCAUCUGAUGACAGGUACACACUUCUCCCAAUGCUUAUUCUACAGAUUACAGGAGCUAAGAAAUCAGAAAGUGAACAGAACUGUUUAAGAAUUUAUCACUCCAUGGAUUGAUGAUCUCUUUAGAUACUUUUACCUCUACUAAGAGCUUAAAGGAAUAGUUCACCCAAAAAUGAAAAUUUUGUCAUCAUUUACUCACCCUCACGUCAUUCCAAGUUUCUUUCUUAUGUUGAACACAAAAGAAGAUAUUUUGAAGAACUUUAAAGGACCAAACAGUUGUUGGUCCCCACUGACUUCCAUAUAGGGAAAUAAAUACUAUGGAAGUCAAUGGGGACCAUCAAUUUUUUGAUCACCAGCAUUCUUCAAAACAUCUUUUAUGUUCAACAUAAGAAAGAAACUCUCACAGGUCUGGAACGACAUGAGGGUGAGGAAAUUAUGACAACAAGCCAGGCCUCUAAUCAUUUUGAAUAACAAUAAUUUACUUUGGAGCAAAUACAUAUUCUUACUGAUGUUUUUCUCAAAAUAAUUUUUAAAAGUUGGAGAACUGAAGUGCCCCUCAACUUUUUAUAAUAUUUUUAACUCCAAUCCUCUUUAAAACCAUUCACUCACACAGGGCUUCUAUACAUUGAUAAUAUGGAGAACAACAACAGUUGCUAGUAUCAGCAACUUUUGUUAAAGGUGUGGCUUAGUUCUUUGACUGAAUCCAAUAAUUAAUAAAUAUGACAAAAAAAAUGAAUGUUUUCGAGACACCAUUAAUGAUUGUUUACUUCAUUCCAGUUCAGUAAUUGCUCAUGACAAAUUUAAAAUCAAACUCUUUGAAAACCUGAUGAAAGGCAACACUUUUUGGCAGGUUGUUGAAUGGCACUUCAUGCUUUUUGAGCAUCUGACAUUUAAAAAGAGCUCUCAAUACAGUACAUUUUCCUCCGUGGUGAUACAUCCAGUUGCACAAAAGCUGACAGGUCUCUGCAAUUACGAUUUAACAAGAGGCUGAAGUUCCCAUAACUAUACUGUAUUUGCACAUGCUCUCUGGCGUCUUUAUGAAAAUGAUAAGGAUCUGAUGCAGGUGUUGUCAAUGAUUGCAGUUCACUUUGUUUAGCUGGGUCGUCUGAUUUAAAUUCAGACUGAGGGCUUUUAUCAAUUCAGAAGACCAUGACUGUAUUGAAAUCCAAUGCGUGUUGUAGCUGGAAGAUGAAGAUAGCAAAAUACACCUCCACAUGUAUGUAAUAUUUAUUACAAUUUAAAAAAAAUAAAAAGAAGCAAAUUACA